AUGGUUUCUUUAAGAAUUCUUUUCAUUUUAAUCAUUUCAUAUACAACAAUUACCAGUCAUCGAUUAGAUGAAGUUUCAAAGUUGGUGCAGGACGUGAUUGAAAAUGAGGGAGUUGCUUCGGUUAUAUUAGCAAAAACAUGUUGGCCAAAACUCGAUGAAUUUAAUUUAGUCAAAGAUUCAUCAUUUCCAAUUCAAAUAAUCAAAUCCAAUUCGUCGAUUGAAAAAUCAUUCGCCGAUAACACCAAUAAGCAAUGGUUUUUUGUCGAUGCAAACUGCAGCGAUACUUCAGAGUUUUUAUCAAUUAUAAAUGAAACAUUUUUCGCUCAUCCAUAUCGAUGGAUCAUUAUUGAUGCUGUCAACGAUACCAUUCAACAUCGACCUUUUUUGCCGGGAAGUAACAUAAUUAUAGCCAAUAAAGACUCCAAUUCGAAACAAUACAUUUUGAAACAAGUUUACAAAAUUGGAAAAGAGACGUCUUUAAUCUAUGAAAAUUUCGGGACUUGGAACAUUGAAAAGGGAAUCGUCGAUCUACGUGUAACUCGAGUACUCUCUCGACGACGUCGUAAUUUGAAUGGUUAUCGACUGAUUGCUCCGAUGGUUUUCACAAAAAAAGGAUCCGAAAAUUUCACCGACCUUGAUGAUUAUCAUCAUAAUAAGGUGGAUAGCACUUCAAAAUUGUCGUAUCAAUUAACAAAAUAUUGGGUCGAAUCGAUAAAUGCGACGAUAGAAGGUGAUGUCCAUCGAACAUGGGGCUACAGAGACAAAAAGACCGGUGUGAUUUCAGGAAUGGUUGGUCAAUUAGAGCGAAAGGAAGCCGAUAUUGGCGGAACAAUAAUUUUCAUGACGAUUGAACGGCUGGAGUAUCUUGACUAUCUUUCAAUGACCAUCCCUUCGAAGAUUGCUUUUAUUUUGCGUGCACCACCAUUGUCAUACAUUUCUAACAUCUACUAUCUCCCUUUUUCCGGAACUGUUUGGCUUUGCUCAAUUUCAUUGGUGGUUUUGUGUACAAUUUUCAUUGCAUUCACAUUGAAAUUGAGUUGGUGUCGCGAUGAGGGCACAGAACACUUGAGAGCAUCCGACUAUUUUCUAUUUGCCAUUGCAUCAUCGUGUCAAAUGGGCAAUGAUAUUUUGACAACGAUUUUAUCCGCCAGAAUUUCGAUGUUUGUCUUUUUCGUUGCACUAUUAUUCAUUUAUACGUCGUUCACUGCAAUGAUCGUUGCAUUAUUGCAAUCCACUACACAAUCGAUCAAAAGUGUGGCUGAUUUGCAAAAUCCAGCGAUUGGAAUUGGCGUUCAGGAUAAUGUAUAUAAUCGACAUUAUUUUGCUGCACAAACGGAACCGUCUCGUAAAAAACUCUAUGAAACAAAAGUGACACCGCAAAAUAACCCAGAAGCUUUUAUGAAUUUAUCCCACGGCAUAAGCCGAAUGAGAGAAGGAAUGUUCGCUUUUCAUGUGGUUACUGCACAGGGAUACGAUGAAAUUGAAAGAACUUUCUAUGAGAAUGAGAAGUGUGGCCUGGUUGAAAUAUCAUACUUGGGUAACGUUGAUACUUGGACUGUAGCUCAAAAGCAAUCACCAUACAAAGAAAUUCUUAAGGUCAACAUUAUGAAGAUCAGAGAGCAUGGAAUUCAAACCAGAGAACAAUUGAGAAUUUAUACGACGCGUCCAAAAUGUGAUGGGAAAAAUUUCGGCAGCGUACGAUUGGCCGAUUGCCAUUGGGCUGUACUUAUAUUCGUUUAUGGAUGCAUCAUUUCAUUUCUUUUAUUUUGCAUUGAGAAAUUCAUUAAAGAAACAACAAAAAUGAGAAAGAUACAAUGCUUGAUGGAAAAUAACACGAUUCAUUUUUUGAAAUGUAACUUCAUGCAUAAAUCGAAAUAA